GUUGAGUGGGACCUCGGAACAACUGUGCUGGCCUGUUGUACCUAAAGGCCUCGGAGGGCGCAGUAGUAUUACCGCCAGAGAGCAGCUAGCACCUAUCGUGCCACCGAAUGAUGAAUGCACGGUUAAUACUAGCGGCGGCAGCGGUUUGCGUUGCCAGGGCCACACCACUUCCAUACUAUGAAUAUUCGUGCAUUCACUAUUGCGAGUCCCUCUACGGUCCCGAAGUGAGCCCCUACUGCUGCAGGAUGGCAAAAGUAUUCCAGGGAGAGGAUUCAAACAACAUUGAACAUCGCCCCACUAAAGAGGAAAUAUUGAAUAUCGGCGAAUGCCCCCCAAUUCGGUCUUUCUGCCCGCGGGCUGGACAAUACGCUGUACCGUUGGUGUGUAGCAACGACGGAGUUUGCGCCUCGUCUGAUAAAUGCUGCUACGAUGCUUGUUUGGAAACCAAAAUUUGCAAAACCGCUGUCAAACGUUACCGCAGGUCGCUUCCAGACCAGAGUGAAAACGAUGACCUCGGGGCAGCCAAGGUCUCCAGUGUCAUCUUGACAGAGGACAGAAACCCUGUUAGUGUCGUUGUUGAUGGCAGUGGCAAUCCCGUAACACUGGUGGAAGGAGAUGCUGUGACAAUCGUUGCAACAGGGCCUGUGAACUUAGCAAACUCUCAGAAUAUAACGCAUCUGCCAGGGGCGGAUAAAGCUGCAAGCAGUGAUAGCGUAUCAUCAAAGAAAAUAAAGAGAGCAGUUAUAGCUGAAAGUGACAGAGUAUCAAGCAAUGUCCUAUUAUCACCUGAUGACUCGGUAAGCAUUGUAAAAGACAGGUAUGGAAGUGUUAUUAUAAAUGAUAAUAAGCCACUGAUAUUAGUGCAGAAGGAAAAGGGUCCCACAAUAAUUCUAAACGACAAUGGCUUGAGAGUGCUAGCUGGACAUGACACGAGUAAAGGCGCUGUCUUGGGAGUGGUCACCCCUACCACUGUUCCAUACCUAGAAGUGCAGUCACACCAUCCACCGUCGAGCGCCCCAGACAGGGACCCCAUUAGGCUACUGGUGAAGGGUGAUGGCAACCCGGUAACACUCGUAGACGGAGACGGUCCCUUGCAAGUCCAGAACGCUGAUGGCGUGUCCUUUGUGGCCGAUGUUCCAGAAGUCCGUGCUACUGACAUGCCUGGCGAGUAUGCUUUACCAAUGGCGGUUACGAGCCAAAAUACUAAAAUCAACCAUAUCAUUGUUGAUAGUGCUGGUAACCCUACUAAGAUAGAAGACGGCAGUGGCGUGUUAGUAGUAUCAAAAACUGCUGAAACCUCCAAUGAGGCUUCUUCGGAAGAAAAUUCGUCCUACUCUCGCCGACGAAGACGAUCGCGGUCUUCGGCAAAUGCUGUCGUUGAUGGAAACGAUAUAACGGUGACCUUAGUUGAUGCCUCUCAUGUCGACGUAGAUAUAGUAGAUAUAGCAGGCAACAAAAUCAAUGUAGUAGCCGGUGAUCACAUUCUAAAUAUCGGGGAAUCCACAUUGGCUACAGUAGAGUUCGUUGAGGGUAGACCCGUGGUCCGGGAUGAAAAUGGCCGAAUUCUGUUGGACAAAAUGGGUUCGCCAUUAACUGUUAAGCCGGCAAGUGACACACAACCAUUGCCAACUGUCUAUAGUAUUGUCGAUGGAAAGUAUAAACCAAUUAAUUUAGUAGCAAGUGACAAUACACCUGUGCAUGUUUAUGAUUCUAAUGGCAACGAACUUGCCAUAAAUGGAGGAGGCUCAGAUAUGGAGGUAUCUCGGGAAACGGUUUCUAUUAUGAAGAGGGCAUCAGGGGAAGACCUUCUCUUGCAGAAUGGCGAAGCAUUAGCAGAUGAAGACGGAAUGCUGCUGAAGGCCACAUCCGUGAACACGCGACACUACUCCGAGGUUUCCACAAACGUCUUGGUAGAUGGAGAUGGCAACACCGUAAACUUGUUGAGCAUAAAUGGCUCUCCCACCACUGUUAUCGACGAUAGUGAUAAUGUAGUUACCGUUAAAACUGGAAAUAAAAUUAUAAUGCUAGAGGAUAUCAACGUAACCACUCUACUUGAAAACGGUAUGAUGGUUCUAAAGAAACCAUCGGGAGAGCUAGUGGUCGAUGAAAAUGGUUUGCCAGUUACUCUUGUACCUGAACAUAGAUCUAGGCGGAGACGCUCUAUAGCCAGUGAAGGCCAUGGGAUCAUGGAUUCUCAUGAAAAUACAGUGACUCUAACUGACGUCCACGGGGUUCCAGUAACACUGGAUGAUGGAAAGGGUAACAUCGUGAAGCCUGUAGCUGGAGAAAUCAUAAUGGAAACGGGAACUGCAGCAGCUUUUAUUGUUGAAACUAAUGAAGGAAAACGGCUUAUAGAUGAAAAUGGGAACUUUAUUGUCGACAGUGAAGGGAAUGCUCUUUUAUUUGUCUCCAAAAGGGAAAUCGUUUCAUCACAAGAAACUAACGUAAUUGUAGACGGAACCAACAACACUGUGCAGUUACUGAGUGUGAGAGGUUCUCCUAUUACCAUUGUUGACAGGCAGGGUAACGACGUAGAUGUUAAAGAUGGAGAUGUUCAAAUAGUGAAAAAUACCGAGAGCGCCAUGAUAAUCGAUAUGGUCGAUGACACAGUGUUAGUGGAUUCUUCCGGUAGUAUCAUGACAGACUUAAAUGGGAAGAAUUUGAGGAUAAUGACAGCAAGGAAGAAAGCACAGAAAGUUGCGGUGAAUGUCCUUGUCAAUGGCGAAGGCAAUACGGUAACACUCUCGACCUUAGAAGGAACACCUGUAACAUUGCUCGAUAACGAAGAGGUGGUCGUCACGAUGGCAGGUGAGGUUCAGCUUGCUGUGGAUGGUACCAACACUGCUCGAGUUCGACGAUCAUCGUCUGAAGUAAACGUUGUUGAUGAGACAGAUUUUCUUUUGGCUGACGACAAAGGAAAGCUUCUAACCAUGAAAAGAGUUGGCGAGCACAAGGAAACAUCCGUAGCUACUAACAUACUAGUUGAUGAAGAAGGGAACUCUCUAACCCUGAUAGACUUGAACGACUCUCCUAUAACUGUUGUUGAUGAUUCUGGCAAUAACAUCGCCCUCGCCUCGGGAGAGAGAACUCUCAAAGUAGAGAUGACUGGCCAUUUACAGGUCAUGGAGACGACAGAUAGAUAUGCGCGCUCCCUCGAGAGCGAUGGCGCCAAGACCAAGCGGAAACUGCUGGUUGACGACGCCGGCAACCCAGUGCACAGCGAAAAUGGUCCCAUUCAAGUUGUCCCAACAAACAACGAAGACUUGGCCCCAGAAGCUGAGAAUUUCCUUGAAGUGACGGAAGAAUUCGUCGAAGCGAGUUUCAGCCUUCAGCGCCUUUCUGCAGUUGUGAAGCACGAGCAACACCUUCUAAAACUUAAUCUUGUGCGGGAAUCGUCCAUUACGAAAUCUAGGGAUUACGAAAGCUUUGUUGAGGAGAUAAAUGUAUUUGUAGAUGUGGUAGGGAAGCUUCAAGCAAAGUGCCUUAAGAAGAUGAUGCAGAUCCUGGAGAAAGAACCUGGAUCUCACGAGAAGGAGGCCUAUGCAUUAUUGGAAGAAGUGAAUGAAAUGUUAACAAAUAAUAUCCCAUAGACUAAUCAACUGGUUGUAUACUGCUCUGGAACUAUAACUGUAAUAUAUACAAAGUGUAUAAUAUA